UUCAAGUCUUUCAUUGCGAGCCAUGCCUUGCUUGUAUAUGUGUGUGCGCGCGCCGUGUGUGUGUGUAUAUAGAGGAUACAAGGCUAGCUAGGGAAGAAAGCAGAGCACUCAUGAGUUGUAUGAGAACAUAAUUAGCAGCAAUACAACUUGAUUGUUUUCCAUGGCCAACCUCAUUUCUUCCAUCAAAUUUACCAGUUUCAUCUAUGUUUUUCUUCUUUUUCUCUGCCCUUUCUGUUCUCUGAAGAAGGGUUAUGCAGUUGAAGCAAAUGAGCAUAUAAAAAAAUAUGUUCAUACCCUGGAAGUCAAUUCUCUGUUGGCAUCAGAUUCCUGCGACCAAUCUAGUAAGGUGAUCGACAAGGCUUCAUCUCUGCAAGUUCUGCACAAGUAUGGUCCGUGCAUGCAAGGACUGAAUGAUCGGUCACAUGUAGAAUUCCUCCUCCAAGACCAACUUCGAGUGGACUCGAUUCAAGCUAGACUCUCCAAGAACUCAGGCAAUGGCAUUUUUGAGGAGAUGGUGACAAAACUACCAGCCCAGUCUGGUAUAGCCAUCGGCACAGGCAACUACGUGGUUACUGUCGGCCUUGGCACACCAAAAGAGGAUUUUACCCUUGUAUUCGACACCGGCAGUGGCAUCACUUGGACUCAAUGUCAGCCAUGCUUACGGUCCUGCUAUCGGCAAAAGGAACAAAAGUUCGAUCCAACCAAGUCAACCUCAUACAAUAAUGUUUCGUGUUCCUCAGCAUCAUGCAACUUGCUCCCUACCCGUGCAAGGGGUUGCUCUGCCUCAAACUCGACAUGCCUCUACCAAGUUAUAUAUGGUGACCAAUCCUACUCCAAAGGAUUUUUCGCCACCGAGACACUAACCAUUUCAUCAUCGGACGUUUUCACAAACUUCCUGUUUGGGUGCGGCCAAAGUAAUAAGGGUUUGUUCGGCCAGGCAGCCGGUUUGCUAGGACUAAGCUCCUCUUCGGUAUCCUUACCAUCACAAACUGCGGAGAAAUACCAAAAGCAAUUCUCUUAUUGUUUACCUUCAACACCUAGCUCAACCGGCUACCUAAACUUUGGUGGAAAAGUCUCUCAGACUGCGGGAUUCACUCCAAUAUCCCCAGCUUUCUCAAGUUUUUAUGGCAUUGACAUCGUUGGAAUAAGUGUUGGAGGUUCCCAGCUACCAAUAAAUCCAUCAAUUUUUACGAGCGGAGCCAUCAUCGACUCCGGUACGGUCAUCACUAGGCUGCCUCCUACAGCAUACAAGGCACUCAAGGAAGCAUUCGACGAAAAAAUGUCGAAUUAUCCCAAGACAAAAGGGGAUGAGCUGCUUGACACAUGCUAUGAUUUUAGUAAUUAUACAACAGUUUCAUUUCCUAAGGUCGGUGUGUCCUUCAAAGGUGGGGUUGAAGUGGAUAUCCAUGCAUCGGGGAUCCUGUACCCGGUGAACGGUGUGAAGACGAUCUGCCUGGCAUUUGCAGCAAAUAAGGAUGAUAGUGCAUUUGGGAUUUUCGGAAACCAUCAGCAAAAGACUUACGAGGUUGUUUAUGACGGUGCUAAAGGAAUGGUUGGUUUUGCAGCUGGUGGUUGUAGCUAAAACGAGAAAAUACUGAAUAUCAAGUUGGCUUGAAAUAUAUAGCACUAUUAUUGUGGGGUUUUGUUGUAAAAUCAAAUUCCAUGUCUGAGCUCCAGAUCCUGGAGCCAAAAUUAAUAAAGUGCUAGUAAAUUUUCCAGUUUAUGGAUACCGAGGUGAA